AUGAAUGAUGCUAUGGUUGUAUGUCGUCAACUUGGUUAUUUAAAUGCUGUUAAAGCACUUCAAGGGAGAUUUGUUCCUGAUGGCACUGGACGGAUAUGGUUAGAUGAUGUUACCUGUACUGGGAGUGAACAAAAUCUGGCCAGUUGUUCUCAUGGGGGUUGGGGACGUCAUAAUUGCGGGCAUAGUGAGGAUGCCGGAGUUGAAUGUUCUUCAACAGGUAAAGUUAUUGUUGUGUUGGCAAUGCAUAACAUCAUCAAACGAAAGUCUCAAUCAAGGAACCAUGACAGGUUUGCAGCGGAUGAGUGUGAUGACAUGUGGGUGUAAGAUUAUGAAAAAAGUUUGAGUUCUUUCCCAGCCUUGAGACCAGAAUUUAAACUAGGUGAACGAUUCUUAAUAUAGAGUGCUUCAAGCAACAAGAGGAACUUAGGCGACGUGCGAGGGUUAAUUAGGCUGCUUUCAAAAUUGGAUCCAAUGGACACUAUCACGAUGCACAGUAUCGGGUUGGAGCUAAUAGACUACGCAAAAUUUCGCUUGUGGUUUACCAGUAUCGACAACUGUUGUGAAAUGCAGCUACGCUGUACUCUUGCCAUCGUAACCGAGGAGUUUUGUUUUCACGGAUCUGGAUCGAGCUUUCUUAAGUUGACUUUUCUUUUCCUUACAUAAGCUCUGCAACCGAUUACUCUAAGAUGAUUUCUUCUUGGUGUUUUACCGGUGAACAGUUCAAAAGGACUCCUGUUUUGGUUGCUGUUUAUACUUGCAGGCUUCGCAUACGUCAUUCGAGGUUACGUUAUUUGCUAGUUCUGUGUGUUACAUAUGUACCGCUAACUGCAAGUCUCGACAUGUCUUGUUGAUGUUUUUUGUCUCGGCGGCUCGUGAGCCACUUUUUUUUUGUUCUUCCCACAUUAUGACGUCAUACUGUGUACCUAUAACUGAACAGACAACGGCAAAAUCUUACCUACUUGUUAAAUAUAUAUAGUAUUUAACGUUGCAACUUACAACAGUUGGAAUUGACAUAGCAACAGAAUAUUCUCAGGUUUAUUUUUGGGUACAGUUAUUGUAGGCAUAAUUAACAUAUGACCUUGUUAAUCAUGCAUAAUCUACAUAAUUUCACAUAUAUGCCAAAGGAUCUAUACCAGACGUUGGAGUGCUUAAUCAGCUUAAAUUAAAUGCUACUAUGUAGACUAACUACCACAUAUAGCCCAAUUUCCACAAGUGUUGAUAUAACUGUAUAUCAAUACGGAAAAAUGUUUUAUAUUUGUUUUAUAAUAUAGCACAAAGAAACAUAAAGAAAGAAAUUUUCCGGCGUUUCCGUGUUGACAUUGAGUUGUAUCAACACGGCUCUUAGCCAAUCAGCGUUCAGAAUUUACAAAUGCUAUAUUAUAAAUACAAAUGUAAACUGGAAUCAGUUGCCCAUUUUGGACUCAGCACUCUAAUGUGAUUGGUUGAAAGUAGGUGCGAUUUCAGCACGAAUCACACUGCUAGGAGUGCGAUUCGUGCUGAAAUCGCACUCCUGUGAACCGAUCAGAUGCAGGAAGCGCAACUGAUUUCAAAAUGAAUAUAAUAAAUUGUGAAAAUAUUUGGGGAACCAAGAAACUCAGACAUGCUUGCCAAGCCACUGAUCUGGAACAACUAAGGCUAUAACAUCUAAUUCCUUGAUUAUAUUCUUCCGGAAAAGUUCAGCACAAAAAUGAACUUUCAUCAAAACAUGGCAGAUGUUAAAGUCACGAAUUUUGAAACAAAAACGUCAGUUUAGUUGAUUUUCUGUCAAAACGUUCCCAUUUGAUUCAAAUCUGGAUAACAACUCCAUACAUUUGCCUUCUCCUAGCUGCGUAGCGCAUCUCGCCUGCUCCCCGGCACUGCUGGAAUUUUUUAGCCAUGCGGUGAGAACAUAGAAAUAAUAGAUAAUAAUAUCUAUUAUUUCUAUGGGUGAGAAUCGUUGUGAAAAUCGUUUGUAUAUUGAUCUCAUUGCCAUAUACGCGCUUAAUUUAGGCUCACAAUUAAGAUGGUUCAGUUGUCAAUUUUCUGGAAAUAAAGCCCCACUACCAUGUACAUGCAAUUCAAUUACUUCUUACUAAAAUCUAGCUGCGAUAUUUCAGCCUGAUUUUAUACAACUAUUUCUAAACACACCCAUACGCAAACAUUGUCUUAUACAGUACGGGGAAAUUCUCCGUGUUCAACAAUAAUAUUAAGGGAUGAAGAAAUUUUGAAAAAAUUACUACGUACAUAGCUAGAUAAUGACUUAGUUGAAUUUAGUUACAUUUAAGAAUAAUGUAAGAACAACAUUCUUUGACAAAAACUAUGGGACAUGAACUGAUGUAAUUUUACACAAUAGAGCGUAGCGCCCUCCCUCCUUCCACGUACCCCCGUUCCCUCAGUUCAAUGUUGUGCCGACAAAAAUGUGAUGUCUGGUUGUAAGACGCCAUCAUUCACUGAAACGGAUGAGGGGAAGGAGGAUGCAAAAAUGUAUCAAGAAAUUGUAUAAUACAUCUGAAUGCAUGUGAAAUGAAAUUGUCCCAAUGUACAUAUAUUGUCAAAGAUUGUAGUUAUAAAUUUUCUGUAUACAUGCAUGUAAUCAUUGAACCUUAUACAGUUUUUUUUACAUUUAGAAUGCGGAUACAAAACUUUAGGUCUUCGUGAUGAUGAUGGACUACCAUACUAUUAUUUUCAAGGGACAUCAUAUAGCCAAGAAAAUAUGAAUAAACACAUAAACAAAAAUUCAUCAGACGGAGCGACAUGGUGUCCAGAUAGAAAUAAAAUAAAAGACAGUUUUCUUGAAGUGGAUCUUGGGAAACAGCAUUCAUUAUGUGGUGUGUCAACUCAAGGCAACGGCACAUAUGGCUUUACUAAAAGUUAUAAAAUUAAACUAUCGUCGGAUAGGAUUCAAUGGAAAUUUUACCAAAAUAAUGGCACUGACAUGGUAACAGUUGUUGUGUUUUCACUAAACGUCUUUUGAGUACUGUGUAAAUGAGCCAAUUAUCGAUUAAAGAUACAAAUCCAACUUGUCCCGAUAUUCGUUAUUUGUCUCUAUAUAACUUACUUACUUUCACUUAAGAUGCAGAGAAAAAUAACGAAACAAAGCUUGUGUAUAUGAUGUAAAAUUAUGUUGCUUUGUCUUGCAGGAAUUUAAAGGAAACAACGAUUCUACAACAAUAGUGUUUCAUCCAUUAGAACCUGCUGAAACGGCAAGGUUUGUGCGUUUUUAUCCCGUGAGCUAUGAAACCAACGCCUGUAUCCGAGUAGAGCUCUAUGGGCAAGAAAUGAGAAAGG